AGAUUAGAGGAGAGUCUCAUAUUUCGGUCUCCUCUUAGCUAUUUUUAUGGAAUGAUGCUCGAUCCUUUGUGCACAAGACGAGGGAACAAACAGGAAAGGAAAGAACAACCUUUGACACCUGAAGAAGAGAAAAUAGCGGGUACACCUUUUCAGGAGGGAGCUCUGAUCAUCAAACACAGUCCAAGAUUUUGUUGUCACCCACCCAAGAUCACUCUGUUUGAUGCUUAAUUGCCUAGAGAGAUAGAAAGAGAGAGAGAAUGUGGGUAGGAAAGGGUCAUGUGGAGAAGAAAGCCGCGAUGAGGAAUGGAUUGGUCGCGGUCGCCAUCGACAGGGACAAAGGUAGCCAGUACGCCAUCCGGUGGGCCGCCGAUAAUAUCCUCUCCAAAGGCCAAACCGUCAUCCUCAUCCAUGUCCACCACAACUCCGCCUCCGCUUCCUCGCCACAACUCCAUCAUAAUUAUGACCCCAGCACGGCUUGCGGUAUCGAAGGCCCAUCGCCACGCAAGCAGGAGUUGCAGAGGCUAAACAAGGACCUGUUCCUCACCUUCCAUUGUUAUUGCACUCGAAAAGAUAUACAUUGCCUAGAUGUCAUACUGGAGGACCAGGAUGUGGCUAGAGCAAUUACAGAAUACGUCUCUUACGCAGGGAUAGAGCUCUUGGUUCUCGGUGCUUCGCAGCGUCAUGGAUUCAUCAGAUUAAAGCAUUCAAACAUCCCAAGCUGUGUAUCAAAAGGGGCACCGGAUUUCUGCACGGUUUACGUCAUCUCCAAAGGAAAGGUCUCUUCUGUGCGGAAUGCUUCUCGUCCAUCUCCUUACGCCUCUCCUCUUCUUGACGAAAUACAGAACCUUAACGAACAGACCGCUGGUUCUGAGAAACACUUGCUGAACAGUUUAAAAGAUCAAACAUCAAUCAAGUCUUCUCCUGCCAGGCACAAUGAGUCCAUAAAGUCAGCAUUGGAUAGAGGAAGAGGCUCCUCAGCAUUUGCAGCAAGGAUGAUGCCAGAAGUAGACACUGACAUAUCGUUCAUCAGCUCUGGAAGAUCAAGCACAGAUCAGUCGUCCUCUUUGCUCUAUGACCGAAUGGACUCCGUCUACCCACCCAGUCUCCCCACCAGCCCAGAUAGGUCAUCCAUUCAUUCACUUCAGAGAUUUAUCGAUUUCGGUUCAUCAUAUGAAUUGUCACAGAUCUCACAAGAGAGUGGGCGAACAUCAUGCUCGUUCUCAUCACAGAGCCUGGAUGAUGUACAAGCUGAAAUGAGGAGGCUAAAGUUAGAAUUGAAGCAAACAAUGCAUAUGUACAGUACAGCAUGCAAGGAGGCACUGGUGGCACAACAGAAGGCGGUGGAGCUGCAACGCUGGAGAUAUGAAGAAGAGCGGAGACUGGAUGAGGCGCAACUUGCUAAGGAAACCGCGCUGUCAAUUGCAGAGAAGGAAAGAGCUAAGUACAAAGCAGCCCUUGAAGAAGCAGAGGCUUCACAGAGAAUUGCAGAGCUGGAAGCACAAAGGAGACUGAAUGCAGAAAUGCAGGCCCUCAGAGAGGCGGAAGAGAUAAAGAAGGUAUUGGAUGAACUGCAGAACAGCGAUGCGAGAUACAGGCGAUACACAAUUGAAGAGAUUGAAGCUGCAACGAAUUUCUUCGCCGAGUCUCACAAGAUUGGCGAGGGAGGUUAUGGCCCAGUGUUCAAGUGUUACCUUGAUCAUACACCGGUUGCGGUUAAAGUUUUACGUCCAGAUGCAGCUCAAGGAAGGUCACAGUUUCAACAAGAGGUGGAAGUACUUAGCCGCAUAAGGCAUCCCAAUAUGGUGCUUCUCUUGGGAGCCUGCCCGGAGUACGGGUGUCUAGUGUACGAGUACAUGGGCAACGGAAGCUUAGAGGAACGUCUUUUCCAGCGAGGCAAGUCCCCCGUUCUGUCUUGGCAACUUAGAUUCAAAGUUGCUGCGGAGAUAGCCACAGGCCUCCUGUUCCUCCAUCAGACAAAGCCAGAGCCUCUAGUCCAUCGUGACCUCAAACCCGGCAACAUUUUGCUCGAUUACAACUAUGUCAGCAAAAUUAGCGACGUUGGAUUGGCUAGGCUGGUUCCUCCUUCGGUUGCUGAAAGUGUGACACAAUACCGAAUGACAUCAACCGCAGGCACUUUCUGCUACAUCGAUCCGGAGUAUCAGCAAACAGGGAUGCUAGGCGUGAAAUCCGACGUAUAUUCUUUCGGAAUCGUGCUUCUGCAGCUAAUCACAGCAAAAUCACCAAUGGGCAUCACUCACCACGUGAGCAAGUCCAUAGAGAAAGGGAACUUUUCAGAGAUGCUAGACCCCGAAGUACCUGACUGGCCCGUUGAUGAGGCCUUGUCCCUCGCACAGAUAGCUCUCCAAUGCGCUGAGAUGAGACGGAAAGACCGGCCGGAUCUCAGCAAGGUUGUCUUGCCAGAGCUCAACAAGUUGAGAGAUUUCGCUGAAGAGAACUUGCAGCACUGCUCAAUAUUGGGUGGCAGUGCACUGACAUCCCCUCACCACUCUUACAUUUCCACAGCUCAGGAGGUGAUGAGCGACCCUCUAGUGGAACAGUCGGGGAGCUCGAGGGGCUACUCCAGCACUUCAGCCCAGACAACCACCUGAUUCGCAAGAAGCAAAGUAUUCUAUUCGCUUCGCGGUUUAUUAGCACGGGCGGAGACAGACCAGUUUAUCACAUUGCCUUGUUGUAGUGGGCGUGCACAUCCACUAGUGUAUAGGAAUCCACUCUGGGGAACGUGAAAUGUUGAAUUUAGGACAUGAGAAAACUAGGAGUUAGGAAGUUUGGGAAACUUGAGGAAGUCCAAUUUUGGUCCAGCAACUUCCACCGUACAUAUGACUGGCAAAACUAAUUUACAGAACUGUGGUUGUUCCUGAUUUUUUGCCUCCCCUCAUUUUUUUCUUCUCUGAAGAAAGUAAACCAUCACUCAUCUAGAGGGAAACAGAAAGAGCUUGCACUGGCACAUGUACUU